UUCGGCGAAACUGACACGCUGAACAUUAAUCCAAACUUGGAACCUACCCAUCUUAACGACUUGGUUGUUUAGUCAAAAGCUCUCGAGCCAAACAAGAGCCUUCCCUGGAAUUUUCCCAGCAAUUCUUGAAUUGCCAAAUACAGGACGGAAGCUACCUUUCAAAUUUCUCUUGUUCCUCCUUUCCAAAUAUUGCGAGCGUUUUCCACGCUUCAUCCAAUUCCUGCAACACCACAACAAAAUUAUCAAGGAGAAGGGUGCUGAAGUUCCUACUUCCAUGGCAAUUCCAUCAGCAGAAACGAUUGGCGGCCAUGAUGAUAUGCUCAUACAGAUCCUUGUUCAUGUUCCGGUAAGGUCCCUGUUGAGAUUUAAGUGCGUGUCAAAACACUGGUAUUCUAUCAUUUCUAGCUCCUACUUCUCUCGCCGCCUUAAUCAGAUCCCAGCUUACCCAUCUGCUCUUAUUUUGCCCUUGACUUCCCAUCUAGGCAGCCCUGAGUUUCACUUUCUUCCACUAGAUGGAAAGCCUUCUCGUGGUCCAUUUAGGUCUCUCAAUUUCGUAGAUGAUCCUGCAGGCAUCAUGAUUUUACAGUCCUGCAAUGGUUUGUUGCUUUGCCGCAGCAACUACCUUGUUGGAGAACGAUGCUACUACGUAUACAAUCCGACAACCAAUCAAUACACUGUACUUCCCAGGGCUACUAGUGCAUUUAGUGCUGUUUUUGGUAUUCAUUUGGCUUUUGAUCCCUCAAAAUCAGUCCAUUACAGGGUUGUUCUUGUCCGGAGUUCUGACUCCGGGCCGCAGUCUUACCAACUGGAGAUAUACUCGUCUGACACCUGCCGUUGGAGGCUCUUUGGUGAGCCUUUUGACUCGGAUGUUAAACCCUAUAAUGGUGUUUUCUGUCAUGGUGCCAUCCAUUGGAUGAGCGGAAGGGGGAGAUUCCUCUGUUUUGAUCUUGACCAGGAAAGAUUCCGACAUAUGCCUGCCCUUGAGAUUCCUGAAGACUGGGAUGGACAGAUCCAGUGCAGGUUCUUCGGUGCAUCCCAGAAUCACCUACAGCUCAUCUUGGGUGAUUCCUCAUACCAUUCCAGGGAGCUGGAUGUUUAUGAGAUGGAAAGAGAUUAUUCCAGGUGGUUUAUCAAGUAUAGAAUCGAUCUGAACAAUGUUAUAUCAGCAUUUCCAGAAAUGAUUGGGAGCUCUUUUGACCCUUUAGACAUGGAUUACUGUGCAUUUCAAAUACUUGCAGUGAUUCACACAGAAAAUGAGGAAGGUUCCUUCGCAGUGUUGCACAUACCUGGAAAGGCCAUCUCUUACGUUUUCAAGGAUCAAGCUUUUAGAAUCCUCCAUGAUUUUGCUCCGGGUUGCACCGACAUUAUUGGCUGUUUAACAUAUAGAGUAGCUUAUGAAUACAUUGAAAACUUCUCCACUGUAUGAAUUUAUUUGUUUCAAAACCUUGUGUGAACAGUAAAAGAAUCCACUUGAUGCUGUUCUUAAUGUUCUUCAAUUGCAAUACAUAGACAUGAAAAACAUUACUUAAUUGAUAUGGUAUCAUUUUUUCUCAUACACAAGAACUUCUUAGUCACAUUAUAGGCUAUAUAAGAGAAGAUAACUCUUCCAUUUUUCAAACAAUGUGCAUCCCAAUAUUUAAUUGUGACACCUCUAAACAAAAAUCUGAUGCUCAAAUUGCCUGACUGUCCCCCUAGAUGAUUCACAAGACGGAUUUUUAGUUCAAGUGCAGAUGAUGCAGCAACUCAAGAUCGGGGGAAAAUCAUUCUGUUGAAUAAUCCAUCAUGCUGUUCACAAUUUGAAAAGCUAGAAGGGAAAAUGGCAGAGAUUGAUGCCAUUGUUAUAGGGAUUAGAUCUGCCCACAAACCUUUGCAAGGGUGUUUUGUUUCACAACCCUAAGCUGCAACGGAGUGAAGCAUCAUAUACCCCAAAUUAUUUUGCCAUGGAAAAAUAAUAUGCUAAGGUUUAGUGUUUGUCUAUAAUAGAAAUAAAGAAUAAGCAGGGGACCACCAUAUUUGAUGAGUGCAGAAUGAGCCUGACCAAAAGUGACAGUGUAAAAUAUGUAGUUGCAGUUGUCCGGGAAAUGGUUAGUCACCACCAGGCCACCACAACUCAACCAGAGAUUCAACUUUCACUAUCAAAUUAAAACAGAACCUACCAA